GACCGCCGCAAGUCCCCGCACUCCUCGCCGCCGCUGUCCAUCGGUCUACCCAGAUAGACCGUCGCCGCCUUUACAUCAGACAAUAUGGGAAAAGUUCACGGAUCCCUUGCCCGUGCCGGUAAGGUCAAGUCGCAGACCCCCAAGGUCGAGAAGCAGGAGAAGAAGAAGGUGCCCAAGGGCCGCGCGAAGAAGCGCAUCUUGUACAACCGCCGCUUCGUCAAUGUCACUACUCUCCCUGGCGGCAAGCGGAGAAUGAACCCGAACCCCGAGAAGUAAAUGCCUCGUUGGACGGCCUGCGCAGUGCGCGCGAGGUUCACGCCCCUGGGUAUCGCGGUCCUUCACCACCGCCUGACGGCCUUGGUUGGUCGGGGUCUUACUAUGCUUUCGCCUAUAUUAUGCGGCUUGCUAUGAUCAUGCACAUUCCAUCUCCCUGUAUUUUACAUGCGAUCGAGCAAUGCGCAGACGGAUGACUGCCGGCACCCUGAGUCGAGCGCCCGGUGCUCGAAGAAUUGUCUUUUGUGAUUAGGGCUCCCGGAAGUGCUCACUCAAGUAUACUGAAUGAUUUGCGCCUGUCGUAGCACAUCUCACCAAACAAGACUGACUGGACCUAAA